GUAAUUUAAGAGUAGAGAACCAUGUUAACACUACCGUUUGACGAGUCUGUUGUAAUGCCAGAGUCCCAGAUGUGCAGAAAGUUUGCUAGAGAAUGCGAGGACCAGAAGCAGAUUAAGAGACCAGACAGCUUUUCCAAGCAAAUUGUCCUUCGAGGAAAGAGCAUCAAAAGGGCCCCUGGAGAAGAAACCGAAAAAGAGGAGGAGGAGGAAGACAGGGAAGAGGAAGAUGAAAAUGGGUUGCCCAGAAGGAGGGGUCUUAGGAAAAAAAAGACCACCAAGCUGCGGUUGGAAAGGGUCAAGUUCAGGCGACAGGAAGCUAAUGCGCGGGAGAGGAACAGGAUGCAUGGCCUCAACGACGCUCUGGACAAUUUGAGAAAAGUGGUCCCCUGUUAUUCCAAAACCCAAAAACUGUCCAAGAUAGAGACUUUACGACUGGCUAAAAACUACAUCUGGGCACUUUCCGAGAUCCUGAGAAUUGGCAAGCGACCGGACCUGCUCACGUUCGUCCAGAACUUAUGCAAAGGCCUUUCACAGCCCACGACAAACUUGGUGGCAGGCUGCUUGCAGCUCAAUGCCAGGAGUUUCCUGAUGGGUCAGGGCGGCGAGGCUGCACAUCACACAAGGUCACCCUACUCGACCUUCUACCCACCCUACCACAGCCCUGAGCUCACCACUCCCCCAGGGCAUGGGACUCUGGAGAAUUCCAAGUCUAUGAAACCCUACAAUUACUGUAGUGCGUAUGAAUCCUUCUAUGAAAGCACUUCCCCUGAGUGUGCCAGUCCUCAGUUUGAAGGCCCCUUAAGUCCUCCCCCAAUUAACUAUAAUGGGAUAUUUUCCCUGAAGCAAGAAGAAACCUUGGACUAUGGCAAAAAUUACAAUUACGGCAUGCAUUACUGUGCAGUGCCACCCAGGGGUCCCCUGGGGCAGGGUGCCAUGUUCAGGUUGCCCACUGACAGUCACUUCCCUUAUGACUUACAUCUGCGCGGCCAAUCUCUCACCAUGCAAGAUGAAUUAAAUGCAGUUUUUCAUAAUUAACGAGGAAACUGAAAAUAAACAGUGGUCAUUCACCCCCCCACCCCCCGUCUAAUUAAGACGAGAGCAGCUGCUUGUGGGCGGGGAGUGACUGGCACCACUCUAUCGAAGGUGUUUCCUAGUUGCCCAAGUGUGUUUCAACUAUUGUGAGAAUUUUCUAUGUAAUAAUAAAUCUCUUUUCAUAGGAGAACUUUCCAGUUCUUUUUGUGUGUAAAGCACUGUGAUUCUGUUUCUACUGGAAGGAACUUUUCUUGUUUUGUUUCCUUUACCAUUUGCUUCAUUUGUUGGAACAAAGUGUCUAAGAAUAUACUGUUGAAUAAAGACAUGCAUACAGCUUAACUCCAUGUCUUUUUCAGUUGUACGGUCAUUAUAAAAAUGCAUGUUAUUAAAAUCAGAUGAGUAAACUGGUGUGUCUAUAAUUACCAAGUAUUCUGUAUCACGUAUCUCUUAAAAAUCGGAAUUGUUUAAAUUGUUUAAAGGCUGUCACUGAGCUAACAGUGCUAUUGAGGAUGUGAAACAGUAUACAAAGCGAGGCAGUUUUCAGUUUGGGAAGGACGGGGCUGAAUGCACUCAGUGGGUAAUGAACUCCACUCCUUACGGGCAAGGUGGCAUGACACUGGGGUAGGUGGUGGCAUCAUUUUGGAGCAAUUCUUUCAGUUCUGAAGAGAAAUGAUUUUUUCAGCACUGGUUUCAUGUGGUUCAGAAAUUCUGUGUACAGGUUUGUAAUCACAAGGUUCGACUGGUUUUUUUCUACCCCACAUCUUAGUGGCGAUUAAACUUAAAAAUUUCUAC